CGCUUCUUCACCGGGGGAUCUCAGUUGUGAUUUUUUUCGUCUUAAAAUUUCAAUUUUGGAUGAUUUGACCAAUCCAAAGGUAUUUUCGAAAACGAUGAUAACGACAACAUUUCUAUUGAUCCUACCAUCGAUCGCAUUUACCUAUGAAAACAUUGCUUUAUACAAGAAAGCUAGCCAGUUACACCCAUACAAUACCCGUAAAAGUAAACUCUCGGCGGAGAAUGUGGAGGCGUCCAAUGCGGUUGAUGGAUUAUAUAAAGACCUGUCUGCUUUUGGACACCAGUGCGUUGUCUCUGCAGAUAACCAACGUGAAGCUCGGUUGCAUGUUGACCUUCAAGCCGUUUUAGGCAUCCAUCACAUCACAAUAUAUUACAGAACAGACAAUGUAGCUUGGGGCCCAGGAAAUGGUUUCGUAUACAGAUUCCUAGGAUUUUCUGUAUACAUAUCGAACACGACAAACAAAGAGAAUGGAGUUCUUUGUUUUAAGGAUGACUACUUCACCAAGUACACUAUUCCAUCUGUGAUAACAUUGAACUGUACUCACCACGGUAGAUACGUCAUCUACUACAACAACAGGACAUCAAGACAUCUACCACCGGACUACUCACAAUAUGCUUUCAGCGAACUCUGCGAAUUUGAAGUAUAUGGAUGUCCUAACCCUAUAUUUUAUGGUGAGAGGUGUAACCUGCCCUGUCCACCUACAUGCAAAAACCGUCGUUGUCACAUAGAAGCGGGUAAAUGUUUUGAGUGUGAAGAUGGAUAUCUUGGCUCGACAUGCAACCUCCAAUGUGGUUCCAACACGUAUGGACCAGCAUGUUCAAAAAGCUGUGGACACUGUUUGAAUGGAGAACAGUGUCACCAUAUCAACGGGGGUUGUCGCAAUGGGUGUGAGGCUGGGUAUUAUUUAAACAUGUGUGAAAAAGAAUGUCCUCUAGGGAGAUACGGAAGAAACUGUUGGCGAAGGUGCAGUAAAAAUUGUAACAGGUCAUGUGACAGAAAGACUGGUGUGUGUUAUGGAGGUUGUAGAGACGGAUGGCAACCUCCUAUGUGUAAUAGAGAAUGUGAUGACUCAAAUUAUGGAAGAAAUUGUAGCAAAUCGUGCGGUCAGUGUUACAAAGGAGUUCCUUGCGACAAGAUAACAGGAUUGUGUCUCUUGGGGUGUGCUUCUGGCUAUGAAGGAAUCUACUGUAACAAACCAUGUGACCAUACGUUCUAUGGACGUAACUGCAACUUGACUUGCAGCACGACCUGUGUAAACCAAUCAUGUAACGCUACGAAUGGAAAGUGUUUAAAGGAAAUAGCUCAAGCCAAUGAAGAAAAAAGACACAAUACGCCUGUUGCCAUUGGCGUGUGCUUUGGAAUCGUGGUUGUUCUAGCAACAGCUGUUGUUGUAAUCAUUGUGUAUAAAAGAAAAAGACGACAGGAUCAGAAUCAGCUUCCCCCACACAAACCUAAAAGAUGUAUGCAGUACGAAAAUACUGAUUUGCAUUUAUCAAAUCUCAACAAAAACAAGCAAGGUGCCGAGAGCUCAGCAAGAACUGAAACGGAUAAAGCCUAUGUUGACUUGCCUCCUGAUGUUGACAUCGACGAGAAAAUCCACCAAGAGAAUCCUUAUGGGGAUAUGUAUGUUAAUGAGCUAUAUUGCCCCGACUUCUUAACAAAGGACAUCGGUUCUGUCAUUAUGAAAAAGAAAAAGGCUGAAAAUGAUGGAUUCAAAAGAGAGUAUGCUUCACUACCAUACGGUGAAAGAUACCCAUGUGACAUCGGAAAACUCAACGUCAACGUUCCCAAAAACAGAUUUAAGGCGACGUUUCCCUAUGAUCAUUCAAGAGUGAUUCUAAGGAGGAAUGCUGGAUCAGCUGACGAUUAUAUAAACGCUAAUUACCUUGAUGGAAAUGAUCGCAAGAACGAAUACAUUGCAUCACAAGGACCCAAGGAAAGUACUUUGGCCGAUUUCUGGGAAAUGGUUUGCCAAGAUAAAGUCAAGCAAAUAAUCAUGUUAACAAAUCUAAGGGAGGGAAGAAAGUUGAAAUGUCAUCAAUAUUGGCCGAACCUUGGUAAUAAAGAAACAUAUGGCACGGUCUCUGUCAAAUCGAUGCAGGAAAAACACUAUGCCUUUUAUAUUGUUAGAAAAUUUCAAGUGUUUCAAAAAACUAUGAACCCAUUCAUGGUGACCCAGUUCCACUAUACCACGUGGCCUGAUCACGGAGUCCCAGAUCCUCUGUGUUUGGUUAUAUUUCAUAGCAACGUUUCCCAUGAAAAACCAAAUGGAGACCUUGCACCUACUUUAGUUCAUUGCAGUGCAGGAAUAGGUCGCACUGGUACGUACAUUGCCUUGGACUCCCUCUAUCAUGCAGGGAAAAAAUCUGGAAGAGUCAACGUUGCAGAGUACGUGAAGACGAUGAGGGCCAACAGAAUGAACAUGAUACAAACUUAUGAGCAAUAUAUGACCGUUUUCUUGGCAUUACACGAAGCUUUUAAGGCUACGCCGGAUCCUCAAGCCACUGUCAAGUUUCGUCAAAGAGUUUCACAAAUGCUAAAAGAUGUUCCUGCAAACUAUUCCGGGCUUAGAAAGGAAUAUGAACUUUUAAGAAAGAUAUGUCCGGUGUUUACUAAUGAUGAUUACAAACUCGCCAAACAAAGCAUGCCGAAGUUGAGGAAAGAUGCUAUUUUACCUCUUGAUAAGUAUGGACUGUAUCUUUCAUCGAACGUUCCUACAAGGGGGAGUUUUAUCAACGCUAUCGUUGCUUCCUCAUACAUCAGGGAUAGUGCGUUCAUUGUUACACAUUAUCCGCCACAAGAGGACGCUGUUGAUUUUUUGCGCCUGAUUACUGACCAUGAAAGCAGUACCGUGAUUUGCAUGGAUCCUUUGAAUACAAUUAACUCGAGUAAGUCUUGGUUGCCCUUGCCUUCGUCAGAAAAGAUCGUUUCUCCCUACAAAGUGGUUAAUAAUUCCAGCAAAGACAAUAACGUCAAGACAUCAGUUAUUUCUAUUCAUAAAAAAGGGGAAAAGUCACGCGAUGUUACGAUAGCUGAGCCCAAAUCUGACCCGAAGUCCCAAAAUGUAAAUGGCACUUCCUCCCUUCGGAGCUUGAUCUCGUUCGCACUGAGUUGUCCUGAUGAAAGCCCAAUUACUGUCGUCAGCAAGGACGGUGCUUCAAUGUGUGGUGUCUUCUGUGCUGUGUUUAACUCCAUACAACAAAUCACUAUGGAUGACAACAUUGAUGUGUUUACAACAGUCCGACAACUACAGACAAGGAGACCAGAGUUCUGUUCGACACAGGAUGAAUAUGGUUUGAUCUACCAGACUGUUUACGACCAUCUGAUAGCUGUGUCAGAUAAUGUUUACUAUAACCAGUGAUCAUUUUUGGCAAAAGGAAAAGAUAUGAAGAUGAUGAGCACUGACAUUAUUUAAUAUUUUAUUAUUAUUAUUAUUUUUUUUUUUUUUUGCUUUUUUUGUUCUGUUUAUCUACUGUUCUAGCCAUUUUAAAUAUUGUGUAUUCGUUGUUUUCUUUGCUUGUGAUGGUGAUGAUAACAGUGAUGAGGAGUAGAGUGAUGUUGAAGUACAGUGAACAUUCUUGCAUAUUUUUUUUUUAUUCAAAACUAAUUUUUAAACAGUUGAGAUAUUUUUCACUUUAAAUGAAUGUUUACUAUAACCAGUGACCAUUUUGGCAACAGGAGGAUAUAUGAUGAAGAUGUGCAAUGACGUUUUAAAUCUUUGCUUUUCUUGUUUAGUUUAUUGACUGUUUUAGUCUGAUUCAAUAUCGUAUAUUUGUUGGUUUUUGAGCUUGUCGUGGUGAUAAAGAGGAUGAAUUAUAAUGACAAUUCUUAUAUUUUCUUUAACUCAAUAACUAAUUUUCAAAUCAGUUCAGAUUUUGUUUACGAGGGUUGAUCCAAAAGUAAUGUCACAGAUACGAUAAAAUCGUGAAAAAACCGCGUAAAAUGACAAAAAUUCGUGCUUUAAAUUAUUUACCUAAUUCAAUUCAGACCUGAAGAUUUUAAUGCAUUGUAAUUAUUAUUUCUGAAGAUAUUAUAUUUUGUAGAGCAUUAGGUACAUGUAACGAUAGUCGCCGCACGCUAGCGACGUCAGAUCUAGAUCGUUGGCGUUCUGGUAGAAUUUCGUAAUUUAAUACUCUAUAUAAAUUUGCCCCGGUAGUCCAGCACAUUUUUUUCAUCAAUUGUUUUCAUAAAUUUUUUUAUAUAACUUAUUAAUAUAUAACUAAUUAAUCUUUUUCUAAUCGAUGAAGUAGUGUAUCGGAUUAUUUAAUGUGCGAUCAGUUUGUCAAGGUCUCUUCAAGAAGUCAUAAACGUAGUUUUAUUUAUUUAUCAACAUGACAUAUGCUUUUAUCAGGUAUUUGAACCACGUUUAAGGUACCCUGUUCACUUAUUCUCAAUUUUAGGUUGAUAUAUCAAUUCCAGUACAUUUCUAGUGAUUUCUAUCCAUCGAAGUAUAAAAUGCACCAUAUCACUAUUCGCAGGUCCAGCCUUUUUAUCCCUUCAUCUAGAGACAAAAGGCAUUGGGUAGAUAUCCGAAAUGGACAGUAACGGUCCCAAAUUUUUCAAAACAGUUAGAAACAUAAUAAAAGUUAAUAACAUAUCUGUUUUGAAAUAGUGUGUUGUUUGGAAGAUUUUCAAAUUUUGAAGCAUGUAAUUUAUUCAUAUAAACAAACCUUUAAAAAGGCGUAAAUUCAUGACGAGGCGAUAUCACGUAUAUACCAUGCAUCUAACAUCAAUAUCUUGUUAAGUGUUCAACGACAUUUCAUAAAAAAAUUAAUGAGAAUUUAAUUUUUGAUAAGGAAAAUUUUGAAUGCAUCAUUUUAUACAAAACAGCGCCAAUGAGAAUUGCAGUGCAUAGUAUGACAUUACUUUUGGAUCAACCCUUGUAAUAUUUUGUUUUCUACAUAUACAUAAAUUGAUAAUAUAUUAUUCAUUUUUUUUUAAUUUAUUUUAGCCAUUAAUUUAUGUUGUAUAAUCUUUAACUUAUAAGCAUGCUUUUUUUAACAGUUUAACUUAGAUUAUACAUAUAUGCACGCUUUAUUACCAGUUAAACAUUUAUUAUACAACUAUUUUGCAUGUUUGAUUAACGUCUUUGUUCAUCACUUAAAGUGUUAUACAAUUGUUUUUAUGUUGCUUUUAUCCAAACCCAUUUUAGCUUUUAAGUCAGUGAA